GGCCCGCGUUACCCUGGGCAACCGCACUGCGGCCGCACCUGAGCUGUGCGCCUGCGUCCCACCGGCCAGACCCUCUCUUCCCUAGCCCCGCCAGAGCCAGGGGAGGGGGAGGCUGUCGCCCCCUCCCCGCAAAGUGAGUAUCGAUCUGCUCCACCCGCCCCUCCCCGCAGACGCAGACCCGCCGACGCGCCGGCGCCUCAGCAACCCGCGGGUCAGCGCGGCCCGGCCUCGCCGCUCGGCCCCCGCUCCCAGGGUGCACCGCGGCGGGCGCUCGGGUGGGAGCCGGGAGAGGCGCUCGGCGGGCGGCGCUGACUGACCUCCCUCGGCGGGCCGGCCGGGGCAGGGCCGGGACCCAGAGCAGCCCCGCCCAUGGGCCGCCGGCUCCCGCUGCCGCCCGCCGGGACGACGACCGAGCCGAAGGGGGGCAGCCGCCUGAAGGACCGCGACGUCCGCGCCCGCAGGUCAUCUGGAAGUCAGCAUGGCAGCCACAAAUCUGGAGAACCAGUUGCACAGUGCACAGAAGAACCUGUUGUUCCUUCAGCGGGAACAUGCCAGCACACUCAAGGGGCUGCAUGCGGAGAUCAGGCGACUGCAGCAACACUGCACAGAUUUAACAUAUGAGCUGACCCUCAAAAGUUCAGAACAGACAGGAGAUGGAAAUUCUAGAAGCAGUGAACUAAAGAAAAGAUGCGAAGAACUGGAAGCCCAGCUGAAAUUCAAGGAAAAUGAAAAUAAUGAAUUGUUAAAAGAACUGGAGCAGAAAAAUGCAAUGAUCACGGUGCUGGAGAACACCAUCAAAGAGAGGGAGAAGAAGUACUUGGAGGAGCUGAAGGUGAAAAGCCAUAAGCUGAACAUGCUGUCCAGCGAGCUGGAGCAGCGCGCGGGCACCAUUGCCUACCUGACCGCCCAGCUGCACGCCGCCAGGAAGAAGCUCCUGAGCUCCAGCGGGACCUCGGACGCCAGCCCGUCCGGGAGUCCCGUGCUGGCCAGCUACAAGCCAGCGCCCCCCAAAGACAAGCUGCCCGAGACGCCUCGCCGCCGGAUGAAAAAGAGCCUCUCGGCUCCUCUGCACCCAGAAUUUGAAGAGGUCUACAGAUUUGGGGCUGAGAGCCGGAAACUACUUUUGCGUGAACCAGUGGAUGCUAUGCCUGACCCCACCCCGUUCUUGCUGGCCAGGGAUUCAGCCGAGGUCCACCUCAUCAAGGAGAGGCCUCUGGUCAUUCCCCCCAUCGCUUCCGACCGCGGCACCAGCGAGCAGCACAGCCCAGCACACGAGAAGCAGCACAAGGCCCACGUCGGGGUGGCCCACCGCAUCCACCACGUCACCCCGCCGCAGGCGCAGCCCGAGGUGGAGACGCUGGCGGUCGACCAGGUGAAUGGAGGGAAGGUCGUGAGGAAGCACCCAGGGGCGGACAGAGCUGUGUGAGGCCUGGCCCAGGCGCCCCUGAACCUCCCGCUGGCAGUGCACUGCGACCACGGCCAGGACAGACUCACCCACACCUUUCGUUUCGGUUCCCAUGCAGGCCAAGUUUUUUCAGACCUGUCAACAGAUUAUUCUCCUCCUGCUCCUCUUGCCCUUUCACUGACACCAAAAUAUGAUCCUGUCCCCAGUGCAGAACAUGUAUUUACUAAUUGCUGUGGCCAAAUACCUGUGUACUGAAAUGCUUGCUUCUGAUCCUACUCUGUGUAAUCCAAAUGCACAGGCUGCAGGCUGCAUCACUACUUAAUAUUAACAAAAUCAGAUAGCAACACGCCUAAUUAGACAGUCGGAGCAACUCAUAUCAACCCCAAUACCUUUUCUCCUCUGGUCCCCGGGGCGGCCCAUAGGGAGCAGCCCCUCCCAGGGCGCCCUGGUACCCGAGUGCCGUCUGUGUACGUCACAGGAACUAAAUGACGUUACUCUUCACAUCAACAUGACCUGAAUGUGUGUGUUCAUAUUUUUUUUUUUGUUAGUUUUCUCCAAAAUGUUCAAGAUCCCAACAAAAUUUAUUUUCUAAACCUGC